AUAGCCAGUCGAAGCAGGGUCAAAGCAUGCAUGGCGGCACGCGAUUUGGCCCAAAGGCCCCAAAAAUCCCCUUUACUUUGAACGUUAUACAACUGCUACCAAAAUAAUUCGCUUCGAAAAUCAAAGAUUAAUAUCUUGGCCGUCGAGGAAAAUCAUUUCGAGCCAGGAAAUUCAAUACGACAGUGGACAAGUUACGAAAAGUUGGGAGUAUGUUUGAAAUUGUGAGCCAGUGUCUUCGACUACUGUAGCAGUCGUAAGUGGAUUCGAAUUUGACGCGAACGACGCGAUAGUGGUCGCGAGGGCAUCCAGUUAACUGUAUUGGAUAUCCGUACCAAGGAUUUAACUGUGGGCUAAAAGCUCAACAAAGGAUUUCAGCGCUAUAGGGACUUUUUUGGAUACAGAAUGUCUGGACGACCAAAGCGUGGACCUGGAAGGCCAAGGCUGGUAGAUACAGGGAUGUCACCUACCCGAUGUAUGCCUCCUGCCUCGCCAUUGACUCCAGAUUCUGAAGAAGGAUUUAUUGUGAAUGAAUCCAAAUCAUCAAGAUCUAGAGGAAGACCUAAAGGACCCAUCAAAAAGACAAGAGUUAAUGCUCAAAGUAAAUUAAAGUCACCAAUUCGUGCUGCUCACAGUGGACCUAGUACAGAAAGGGUAGAUGACGAACUAGAUAUCAAGAAGGAAGCUGCAUAUGCCAAUGCUGUAGAUGCCAUGGGCCAGCCUUUGCUACAAGACCCUAAUAUACCAAGUAGUGAUGAAUAUGUACCAAGUGAUAAAGUCUGCUCUUUCUGUUGCUGUGGCCCUGAAAGAAGAAUGUACCAAGGCAAACUCCACCUCUGUGCACCAACCCCUGGCUUUAAUCCAUUCAAAAAAUCUGGCCAUACUCGAAGACAGAAUUCCACCCCAGAACCACUAGCCGCUGAACCUGCCGAUACUGGAAAAGAAGCUAUAGACGACGUUCCCCAGCCGCAACCCAUGGUCCAUCGGCGUGGUCCAGGGAGACCGCCCGGUAGGGGAAGAAAGAAAGGCGCUGUUGUAAUAGGACUUUCUUUUCGAAAUAACGGACAUUCGUUAUCUCCUGAUAAGUGUAUGUUUGGAUCAGUCCGCGAGAAGGAUGUUAGUGAAUUAUUUGAAAACGAUGGAUCGGUGUAUGCACAUCAUUGCUGUGCUUCUUGGAGUGAAGGUGUCUGUCAGACGGAUUCGUAUGAUCUUGUUAAUGUGGACAAGGCUGUCUUCGCUGCAAUGAGUGAGCGUUGCGCGCACUGCAAUAGAUACGGUGCCAGUGUAGUUUGUCAAGUACCUCGGUGUGGGAAAACAUAUCAUUAUCCUUGUGCUGCAAGUGCGGGGGCCUUCCAGGAAAUUCAGUCGAUGACCAUGCUCUGUCCGGACCAUUUAGACGAUGCUGGACGUCUUGGGGGUAUCGAGGCCCAGUGUUACCUGUGCGGUGAAGCCAAGGACUUUUCAGAAAUGUUAUUCUGCACGAGUUGUGGUCGGCACUAUCACGGGCGUUGCCUUGAUCCAGCGGUUGACAUCACUUCUUUAGUGCGCAUGAGUUGGCAGUGUCCUGACUGUAAAGUCUGUCAAGGUUGCAGGCAACCUGGUGAUGAUACUAAGAUGCUAGUGUGUGAUCUGUGUGAUAAAGGCUUCCAUACCUAUUGUCUUGAUCCACCCAUGACAACAAUACCCAAGACUGGUUGGAAGUGCGUGGGUUGUCGUCGCUGUGAAGACUGUGGCUCCAAUACCCCUGGUGGAGGUCCAACGUCUCGAUGGCAUCGGCACUACACGGUCUGCGACAGCUGCUACCAACAGAGAAACAAAGGUCUUUUCUGUCAGAUAUGUGGACGAGCGUACAGACAGCUCUCAGACGUAGCUAUGGUUCAGUGUGAGGCAUGCGAGAAGUGGCUUCAUGCUGAAUGUGAUAAUGUGAGCGAGGAUGUCUAUGACAAGAUCAAUUCAAAGAGAAUGAACUAUUAUUGUCCGCAGUGUAAGGGAAAUGGCGAGAACCAUGCGCAGUUGAAUCACAAGGACAGUCUAUCGUUUGAAGAUCAGUGUAUGAACGACGACCCUGUCAUGACAACGAGCGGAGAAGAAGACAAACGAACGCUUACUUCGGCUGCAAUUGGUCGAAUAAUACCAUCUCCAAUGGAUGAAGACCUGAAUCUCAUCGGCCUAAACUCCAACCUAGACGAACUGUCUUUGCGUCCAUUUGGUGAUUCUUUAAUGGACCCAGAAACUCUUCCUCUUGGCACUGUCAGUAAACUACCCCUGGAUGAAGAGAUGGAGUCAGUGAUGAAGCCAGAUUUGGAUAUGUUCGAGUCAUCGUCAGGUCUACCAGAUUCACCUCCCCCGUCUGAUCACGCUAAUGAAGCCAAGGCCGCUCCAAUACAACCAUUUCGUAGUUUGGUAGCCAUCACGCCACCCAAGACUGGAGGAAAGAGAAAACUAGGUCCAAAACUAAAGGCGAAGACGAACAGUACCCCUGCUAAAAAGAAAGCAAAACAUGGAAAGCCUGGAAGACCGCCCACCAAGCUGAAGAAACAAGCAUCCGUAUUGUCCUCUCCUGGGAAAGAAAAUGUGUCUGGUGCUGCAAAUGCUGCAGAAAACACAGCAAAAGAAGAAGAAACCGAAGGACUUCACACCACGUUGGUGUUGUUCUCAGCUGAUGACAAAUUCACUACAGAACAAGAUAUGUGUCUGUGUUGUGGUAGCUUUGGCAAAGGUCGUGAAGGACAGCUGAUUGCAUGCUCACAGUGUGGACAGUCAUACCAUCCUUACUGUGUCGGUGUUAAGGUAAAUAAGAUCAUCCUUGACAAUGGCUGGCGUUGUCUAGAUUGUACCCUGUGUGAAGGUUGUGGAAAAGGCAGCGACGAAGCACGGCUAUUACUGUGCGAUGGCUGUGACAUCAGCUACCAUACGUACUGUCUGGACCCGCCGCUUGAAAAGGUUCCUCAGGGAGGAUGGAAAUGCAAAUGGUGUGUGACAUGUUACGACUGUGAUACCUUAUCACCUGGCAAGGAGUGUGAAUGGCAGUCCAAUUACACUCAGUGUGGACCUUGUGCCAGUAAAAUCACGUGUCCUGUCUGCAACAUCAAGUAUAAUGAAAAUGAUCUAAUGAUUCAGUGUCUAAACUGCGAUAGAUGGCUGCAUGGUUCCUGCGAUAAACUGUUGACCGAGGAUGAAGUAGACAAAGCUGCCGAAUAUGGUUAUCACUGUUUGUUUUGUCGGCCGAAAACUAAACGUGCACUAGUGUGCUUGAGUGGUACGUCCACCUCUUCUACAACUUCUUCAUCUCCGUCAACUGCACGCUCUCUCUCCUCCUUCUUCUUUACCACUUCUGGUACGAAACCUCUAGGGCCCCCGUCACCAAGAGCAACAGCAUUGCAUCAUUACCGACCUCAAUUCUCUUUAGAAAACCAUCCGCCACAGCCUCAAGCCAAGCCUAUCCAUCCAUGUCAGCGGCUAACUAACAAUGGGAUAGUAGAAAUGAAGCUUUCAAAUCAUUUUGGACGUGCAAGUCUGGCAAUCGCAAAUCAAUCUAUCACCGAGAACGAGAACUUUCUCUUGACUGACAGUGGGCUGAAGCAGAUGAAUCGAUUGAAAAUAUCAGCUUACGGGAGAAGAAAAGUCAAAAGUAAAGCCAAAAUGAAAUCAAAGAAGCUUGGCAUGGGAAAUGCGUCGGAUGUUGUCAACAAGAUGGAGGUGAUGAGUCCAGAACACGAAGGGUCGAAAUCUUCUGAAUUCGAUGAGAACACCAUGGUCUGUAAGGGUGACCUGGAUCAUAAACCAGGCCGUGCCAAAACCACAGCUCGGUCUGGUAUUGGUGGUUUUCUUGUUAAAGGUCGUGGGGCAGGUGCCAGGAAGUUUGCUGGUCGAGGCUCGAAAUUAGCAGGAAGAAAGAAAGAUCGUCAGAUCUUGAGCAUGUCAAGGGGUCAAGCUGUUCGACAACAGUCUUCGUUUGGUGGAUCUAUCAACGCAAAUGUGAAUUUGCCAAACUUUUUCGCCCAGCAGCAGACCUCUCUGGAAGCAAUCAUGGAUUCAUCGAGUAACGAAGCAUGGCCAGAAGAUUCUGAUCGAUUGCCACUUCAAGAAGCUUAUCCUGAUUGGAUGCAGGAGGCAUUCUUUGGCAAGAGUCUUCUGCAACCCACAUCGAGAAAGAAAAAACCCAAACAAGAACCAGAAACGCCGACAACUCCGUCUGAAGAAGAUGAAAAAGGGUUGACAGAGCAUUCUAAGAGUCAAGGUAACAUUCAACGAACAGGAUAUCCUGGAACACAAGGCUAUUCGUUCUCUGGGGUUCAUGGUGAUAAUCAGCUUCAUUCCCGAGGUGCUCCGCAUCAAAACCAACAAGAGGUCUAUAACCGACCAGACCAGGCAUCCACAUCCCAUUCGGUCAUUGGUCUAGAAGGAGGAGAAAAUUGGCAAGGCUCAAAUGUGGAGGGACUUCCAGCAGAUCCUCUCAGCCUAUCUGAAGAAUUCCCCAAUCCAGACGUUCUAUACAGGAGUUUGGACAUGCUGAAUGAAGACAUACCAUCCUCUGUGCAGGUCGGCCAGACCGUAUCCAGAGGAAUGGAGCAGGACCAAUCGCAUCUCUCAGGUGGUUCAUCACAGCCCAACCCUGGCCCAACCACCUCUAGUGUGUCGUCAUCUCAGCUUCAACCUCCAGCCCGCGGACAACAAGGUGAACUUGAUCUUCUCUCAGCUGCUAUUGAUAUUCUUCCCCACGUUGAUGGCCAAGAGGUCGAAGACAUAUUCGCUGAUAUUGAGAUGGAGAUGAAAAGCCGAGAUGCAGUAUACAGUGGAAUCGGUGGACCAGGUCAGAGCUCAAUACCACCCCAAGUACCACGAUCGAAUACCGAACCACGAGUGCCCCCGCCUGCCUACCAGACUGGACACCAAGAUCUACAUUCAUUCCAGCAAGGACCACACCCUCAGCCUUUGGAACCCGGACUUACCCAUUUUCCUCACUUUGGUCAGGACCGUGAAAACUUUCAUGGACGGCAUGACAUCAGGAACCAACAUGCGCUUCCUGGACAGUAUGGUUACGAAGGCGAGCACGAUUUUUCCAAGAAAAGUGACGUUGACCUUGCAAGUGAUUUGCCUCGCGAUCCAAGACCUCCAAGUCCUCGAACUGAUCCAAUGAAACAGCAACAGAAAUGGCAAGAGGAUGAAAAAUUAGGUGAAACCGCUACGAUAUCCCCUGUUUUGUACGCCAAUCUGGAACACGCCAACCUACAAAAGGAGUAUCCUGACUGGCCAAACAGGUACCGAGCAAUUGCAAGACUGUGGCGUAAAUUGACUGUUGAGCAAAGAGAUCCUUUUCGGCUCAAGGCGCGAGACAAUCGAGUAAAGCUAAAAGAUCAAGGAAAAAGAGCUAUGCUAGAACAAAGUAAAGAGAAAAAGGGAAAGCCAAUUCCUAUAGAGUCAAGACGGUGCCCAUCAAAACCUGAUUCGAAAACAGCACAACCAGCACUUCUUAACUCACCACAGCCCCCACGUCCAGAAGCACCUCAAGUUAAGAUGGAAAAUCAAGUAGCGUCUUCUUUGAAUCAAGAAAGCAAUGUUACAGGACAAAUUCAACAGAGUAUUCCUUCACAUCCGAAUACACCACCGUAUCUUUCACCUUCUGUGGCACCGAUGGCUCCUUCGCAGCAGCUGUACCAAGAAAUGAUCACCUCCACCCAACAAAGUUGCGUCACAUCUGCGCCACCCUUAACCAUGAGUGGCUCUGUAUCCCCUGCCACUCCCACGUCUUUUACCCCAACAUCCCCAAUGGCUAUGUUUGCACAGCCAAAUGUAGAUGCAUUACCAGGCGGGAAAGGGAGCCGAAACAUGAAAGGGAAGAAAACCAAAGAAGACAAAGAAAAAGAGAAGGAAAAACGAAAACAAAAGCUUUUGAUUCAGCAGCAACAAGAGCGCCAGUGGAAAUUACUUCAGCAGAAAAGACAGCUAGAGCAACAAAGGCAACAGCAACAGCAACAACAGGAAACGAAUCAGAUGCGUCAGGAAGUUAAACGAUCUCAACAAGCCAAAGGAUUAAGAGCACUCGAGGAUAAAAAGAAAAAGACGCCGCAGAAACAUUCAAGAAAGCAAUCCUUCAGUGACUCGCUAAGCAAUGUUAGUAGCGUCAGCAGUGAAAACCUUGAACACGGUUCAACAUGUGAUACCCCGUCUCAGCAUUCACCAGCUGUUUCAAUACAUAGCGAUGAUUCACAUUCGUUAACUAAUGCACCUCCCAGAGAUUCAUCACAAAUAGAUUCAUCACUUAUGCCUGAAACCAUCAGAGAAAGAAGAGGUUCCCUACCUAAUCUGGCUUUAUCAAGUCAUGGUCUUGAAAAUAUGAGACCAUUGUCACCUCUAAGUAACUCCAAUGACGUAACUAUUAGAAGACCGCGUUCUUCAAGUCAACAACUUCCACAAGGACCUUGGGAUGAGUGGCGUAACGAGAUACCACAGCAACAAGAUCAAAGUAGUCCAAUGUGGUGGGAUUCCACAUUGAAUACGCAGGCACAGACUAUCAGUGAUCCAAAGCCACCCAAAUAUUCUAACCCACUGAUUGCAAGACAAAACUCUCGGCCGCAGUCAUUGGAUAAUAACUAUAUGCCACCACAUUCUGCUUCAGAGCAGCCCCUUCAAGAGGGAGCUCGACAUGAAGGAUUGAAUCUUUAUGUUCCUCAGGAUCAACAAAGACCGUCAUUGACGACAGGCCUUCCACAAGGCCCUAAUGAGGUGUUACCUCCUCGUGACCACUCUCAAGGUGACAUGGGAGAAAUGCAGUUUCAUCCUCAGGGUAUGAUGAAUGAUCAACAAAUGAGAAAUAUGGACUCGCAGCAAUCGCUUGCCCAUAAGCAACCAGAUAUUUCUCAGUGGCAUCCUGAAAUGCUUCAGAACCAUUCUCAAGCUGGUGCUCAAGAACAAAUAGGUGUUGCACAGGGUAUUCCAAAUCAACCCAGUAUAAUGCCCCAGAAUCAAGGACAACCAAAAUUACAACAUCCGGAACUUCCUCGCCCUCAUCCAUAUGACUUCCAACAAAAUUGGCAACAUUCUUCUUCUGGUCCAAAUUCCAUAACUCUUCAACAGGCGCCACAAGUAGAGCAAGCCCCUACGCAGCAACACGUUCCCAUGCAACAAAUGGCGAUGCAACCAAUGACAUCGAUGCCUAAUUCUUUACAAAACCUUUCCAUACCACACCAGCCUAUUCAUCAUGCAGCUGGAAUGUCACAAGUUCCCAUUCAGCCAGCUCCACCACCUCCUCCUCCACCACUGCCUCCUUUACAGCAACCACAACAUUCGAACCUUCCUAUAGCAAGGCAACCACCAACCGACGAACAGCAGCAGCAACAGCAGCUUGAAAUGCUGCAGAAGCAGCAAAGGGAGCAACUUAUGAGGGCUCAGCAACAGCAGUACUUGCAAAUGCAAAUGCAGCAGCAACAGCAUUUAAUGCAACAACAGCAACCCGCUGCAAUGCAACCUGCCUUUGCUAGGCCACGCAUGAAUCCAGUUGUUAACACCAAGGAUUUGCCAGAAAUUGACAGCGAAGAAGAGCAUCAAGAGAGGUUGCGGUUUUUGUAUAGACAGCGUCAGUUACAAAAGCAGCAGCAAAUGCAGUUACAAGCUCAACAGUCUUUGUUUCAACAACCAUGGCAAGGGCCCGGUUUGAUGCCAGGCUUGAUGCCCCCUGAUCUAUCGAAUCCCCAACCAAUGCCACAAAUGGCUCAAAUUCGCCCUCAACCUUCAGAUAUAAUGCAACAACAACUCGUAAUGGAAUAUCAAAGGAGGAUGCAACAACGUCAGGAACUAGGGCAGCAGAGUCUUCAGUUUGACAAAGUAGUACAAGACCUUCAACAACAACAAGGAACACAACAACCAGUACACCAGCCGCUGCCCCCACCUUUUCUAGAAGUUUCUCAUCAACGACUUGCUGUGAGGCAUCCUGCUCCAGCAGUUCAAUCUGGAAUGGGACCAAUUGCACCUGGUCAAGGUCCAGGUCAACUUCCAAUGGUGGGUAUGGAUGGGCAGCAGCUGUACAGAAUGCAACUACAACAACAACAGAUAUUGCUGCAGCAACAACAGCUCCAGCAGUCUCCAAGAGUGAUCGCACAAAAACAGGCUGCACAAACUGCUUCUGCGGUUUCAAAGGAGAAUGUACCUGAAAAAGAAAACAAGACUGCUGCUUCAAAUCAAGACAAUGCUCCAAAGGAAUCAUCGAGUAAUCCAUCUGGUCCUGUGGUAAGCGAAGACGCUUUCCAAAACAGUAACAAAGACGAUGAAAAAGAAUCUGAGCAAUUAGGUGGGGACUCUGUGACCAUAACUGGUAAAAAUACUCAAAUUUCAGAUAAUUCGAGCGAAGCCUCAAAAAGUGAGAAGGUGGUUGAGAAUAUCGAUGAUAAGCAACAAAUACCCGAAGCUGAGCAGAAUUUAGAAGACAGCAGUGCCAACACUUCAAGUGAAAUAGCCCUAACCAAAGAUGCAAACAGUCCUUUAACAAAAGACAAUUCAUCUGAAGAGAAUGCCGAGGCUUCUGAAGGAAAAGAAAAUGACGGAAAAGAUGAAAGCAAAAUCAAGGAGUCUGCCAAAACGAAGGAAGAACCAAACCGAUCAGUUCCGGAAGGAGAAAGUGUUAUGAAAAGCACAGGGCCACCUGACGAGAAAAGUAACACUACUGAAGAAUCUACUUCACAGCAGCCUGGAAAAUUAUCCGAGCAGAUAGAAAAUCAAAGCAAGACAGAAGCUGAAGGAGUUACUGGAACAACUUGUCCAGAGAAACAACCUACGUUGAGUCAACCAUCUUUGCCAAUCCAAUCGAGAGCUCAAGACGUAACGCUUACUCAACAAAUACAACCUCUUUCUUUGCCUCAAGCUCCAAUACCGAAUCAAAAACAAGCACUGCACCAGCAAUUGGUGGCUCUACAACAAAGGUUCAUCCAAAUGCAACAACAACGUCAAAUCAUGAUGCAGCAGUACCAACAACUCCAACAACAGUUGCAACAAAAUCAAGAUCCAAUCGUUGGUGGACAGUUAAUGGCUUUACAGCAACAAGGCCAGUUUCUGCAACAAAACCUGUUGCAGGUCUGGCAGCAAAUUCAAAUGCUCCAGCAACAAAUUCAAAAUUCUUCGAACAUUCAGCAGCAGCCACAAUUGCUUCCACAACCACCGUCAUCUGGUCCUGUUCAAGGUCAGCAGUGGCCUCAGGGACCUACGCAAGAACAGCAGAAUAUAGCACAACUUGGUUUGACCCCUCCUCAUCCAGGAAUGAUGAAUAAUCCAGUUGCUAUGCAUCCACCCUUGCCAGGACAGGUAUCAAGCUCACCAUCCCCCAAUCCGGGCAAGCCAGCACGGAAGCAGAGACGAUCUCGGGCAAAAAGUAAGGAUACCCUUGCUCAACCGCAACCUUCUGUUCCAGAUUGGAUGAAUCCACAGCCAAUGCCAGCAAAACCUGUAAAAGCCAAAGGUAAAAAAGGAAAAAAGCAACAAGAAACGGCAGUGCAAGAUCCUGAAAUUCAACUCCAACAACAAAGGCUAAGACAACAAAUUUUGCAUCAAAUGGAACAACGUCACCGCUUAUUACAACAGCAACAGGGUUCAGCUGGGGGAGCUUUGACUCAUCCUGAUAUUUCAGGAUCCCCUCGUGAAUCUGGUCCACCAACUCCACAAACCACUGAUGGGACUCCUGGACAUCCAAUGGGACAAUCACAACACCCUUUUGGUUCAGUAUCCUCACAGUCUAAUGUGCAACAGCCUAAUGACUCGAUGAGCUUUUCUGGCUCUCCUUCCAUGGGUAUCAUGACUCCUGAGCAGAUAAACUAUUCAACAUCGCAGCUAAUGAAUAAUACGCUUGCUUUUCAAAUGAAUCAACCUCAGCCAAAUCAACAGCCUAUCAACGCAACAGCUAAGAAAACUGAAUUGCAUCCAGCACCUGUGCCAUGCUCACCUAAACCCCAACCUAUGCCUCAUACUCCGGGGCCACCUUCAGAGCCGUCAAGUCCAUUUCUAGCAGGUAGACGUCCUGACGAACCACCAAAUCCACAUGCAGUCCCACCAGAUGAAUCUUUUACUCAGCGUUUUCCAAACUCUGAUCGGUUCCUUCAAUUUACGCAACAGAAGGUACGACUCAAGCAACCAGUUGUUCAAUAUGUAGCUGAUGCCAAUAAUCCGUUUAGCGAUGAUUUCCAAAUUCAGAAAAAUCUCAAGGCUGAAAAGGCUCAGCACAAGAAAGGACUGAUAAAGAAAGUCAUUAAAGAAGAACCCCAAACAGCCGCUGUUAGUGAAGUCCAUGCAACUGACGUGCUUUUGCCGGAGAAAUUACCAGACUUUAAUGCUUCUACAACUGUAUCGGAUGUUCAACAGACACAAUCAUCUUUCGAAGAUACUGAACCCGCUAAAAUUAAGAAAGGUCCUAAAACUGUUGUUUCCUCAAAGAACGGCUCUAAGAUAGCUGUACCAUCCAACUGUGAUUCCAAGCCAGAGAGAAGCGAGCAUAACGACGACCUGAAUAAACAUGAAGUCAUAUCGGGUAACAGCAAUGAAAUAGCCUCGGAAGACACUGUCACAGAAGGAAAGAAAGGGGUGUCCAGUCAAGCUCUACAGCGCUUGGAAUCCAUGGUUGCGGAUAUGGCCAGUGAAGAUGUCUGCGAUGAGCAAGCCCAAGGAAUCAACACCAGUGAGUUGUCCUAUGAUCUUUUCAACGAAAAUGACGAUGAAGAAGUGGCUAACCUUUGUAGUGUGGCAUCAAUGGAUUCAAAUAUGGAAGAAAACCACCACCAGACGCUGUCGUUGUGCAAAUCAAGUUCUCAAGCUAAUUCUGUUGCAUCUCUGGAAUGCCACGAAGAGGUUCCAUCUUUUGUUUCUCCAACACAAGAUGGUGAUAAACCAGAUGGUAGGGACCGAUCUCAAGAAACUUCACCGAUCCCUCAGUCUUCGGAUCACAACCCUAAGGUAUUUUGUACUCCUGACAUGGAUGCCAAUUUAAGUAGUACAUCUUUGGCUGAUAAGAAAGACGCAAGUGAUGAACCUCAUGACGCCAUUCAAGAUGAAAAUUCGUCUCAUCAAGAACCUGUUACGCAUAACUCCGAGGAUGCACCGAAUAGUACCGAGGCUACCGUUCCAAAUGAAACAAUAACUGUAACAAAAACAAAUCAGACGUUGGCAUCCUCGCAAGACAUAGACCAACAGUGUCUCACUAGUUUGUCCAGCGUACCCGAACCUUGUACCGUUUCGUCUUCAAUCCCUCCUGUAUCCGAUGUACCAUCAUCAUCCGUUGCCUCUGGAGUACUAGGUGGUCACUUAGCGCUACCGAUGGAAUCGACACCAACUGAAGGAGACAUGGCCAUCUUCAGGCAAUACAAUUCAAGUGCAGCUGACGUUUCUUUCAGUAUGAAUCAACCGAUUCAAGUGAUGACUUCCACCGAGUCUACUGAUCAUGGGGCCAUGUUGCUUUCUGGUAGGGACCCUAUGCUUGGGGGAGUUAGCCCAAUGUUGUCUUCCACUAGUUCGUCGUUAAGUUCAGUGUCGCUUACUAAAAGCACUACGAAAACGAGACCGAAGGCAAAGCGUGGGAAGUCGGACAUCAAGACCCAAGAAAUGCUUAAGGAGGAAGAUUUGAUCAAAAAGUCUUUACAAGAAGCGCGUCGCCAGGAGUACGAGCGAAAGAAACGAGAGUACGAGGAACAACAACGGAAAAAGCGUGAGCUACAAAAGGAAAUGCGUCAACAAAAAGCCAAAGAAAAGGAAGAAAGAAAGCGCCAGCGAAUCUUGAGUACUUCAAAUAAGAUAAAAACAAAGGUUAACCACGUUCAAAAAGGGAAAAAGAACGAGGCAGAAUUAAUCGCAAGCACCAAAGAAUCUUUACCUCUGUGUGAACCAAAGCUUAUUCUAACGCACGCCCUAAUGCAUCCGUACGGAACUUCACCUUUCAAUGGACAGUGCUCCCUUAAAGGAUCAUUAGGCAGAGCUCAUAUAGACAACAAUCUUGACUAUUAUGCAAAGUUUCCAUCUCCAAGCCUUGAUUUAGUGUUAAAGGUGAAUAAUCAAAAGCCACUUAUGAACGGUGACAUUGAUAGCAAAGAUUUCCAUAAAUUGCGUGAGGCAACUGAUUUGCCGCAUAAGAAACCUCGCUACAACGAAUCUAAAAACGAGGUGGUUCCUGGUGUUGUUGUACCGGCAAAUGGACAAUUAUUGGCAGAUUCUUCGUGUUUAAAUUCUUCAUCGUCGUCACCAGAAACAAUACAGUAUGUUGCUUCAUCUUCUCCCGAAUCAGAUGCCAUCAACAAACCCCAAACUCCAAAUUUUGCUGCCCUGAACGAAGCCAACAGAAAUGAUACUGAAUCUCCUACCUUUUCUCCCGUGACUGCAGUUCAAAUCAAACACGAACAGAUGGGUUCAUCUUUGUUAAUGACAAGCUCUUGCAGUGUGUCCAUGCAGUCUAGUACUUCGGCUUCUUUGGACUUGGGAAAAGCAAAGGAUCAUCAAGCGGAAAUACAACGUAGGGAAGGACCUUCUUUAGGCUUAGACCAAGGCAUAGACGAUUUAGAUAGUAUUAACGUCACUUUGACACUUUCUCCUUCUUCGGAAAUGCGUGUGUCAGAAACAGUUGCUUCUGUUGCGGAGUUGAUUGGUUGUUCUCCGCCACGACCCUCGGACAUUGUGAUCGAGCCCAGCUGGAAAUCAUCUGGAACAAUUACCACCACAGCUCCUACGUCGUCUGCGGGAAUAGCUUAUCCACAACCUCGAACUGUUCAAGGUCUUUCUGUGCUAUCUCCAAAAGAAGGAGAUACUGUACAGAAAUCACCUUACCCUUUUUCACAGUUCAAUUUAACAUCAAAGGCGACCUUACAAAAGGGUUCUGAUGGUCCCUACUGUAGACAUUGUGACGUUCUUAUUAUUGGUAUUGGCGUCAUUCGAGGACCUGAUUCGAGUGCAGAGUUGACCUCUGAAUCGUCCAGUGAUUUGCCCGAAGUAAAGGUCAACGAGUCCUCUGAAUUGGACGGCUCCAAUUACAAAAUCUAUAGCAUUAACGUGGAUGCGAGCGAGAAACGAGACUGUUUCUGUUCUGAGCUUUGUUUAAAGCAAUACUACUCCUUAUUAGAGGCUGGCCGAACACGUACCAAGAUGGAGACUUCGGAAUCUGAAUUACAUUCCAGUAGUUGUGCAACAAGUGGACCAGGAAAUGUCACGACUGAUUUACGGCAAGAUGACCGGGGUUCGUUAGUAGCAGAAGGCUUACCUGUAACAUCAAGGGUCAAACUAAGGCGGCCAAGCUGGAAAGAGGAGCAAUUAGAUGAAGAACACGAAAUCAAACGUCGACGGGAGAUCAAAUGGAGAAGAUGGCAAGCUGAAGACUUUAAACAGAAAACAAAGCAACUUGACUUGACACCCAAGGAAAUUACUGAGCUGCUGGAUAAGUACGAGGCGGUGUACAAGCCAAAAGAUCUCGUAGAUGACACGCGGAAGUGUAUUCUUUGCUCUGACACGGGCGACGGCGAACCUGAAGGGCCUUCCCGACUCCUCAACCUUGAUGUAGACGUGUGGGUUCAUUUGAACUGUGCGCUCUGGUCACUAGAAGUCUACGAGACAUUAAAUGGUGCUUUGAUGAACGUCAUGUCUGCUGUACAGAGGGGACACGAUACGGAAUGCUGUGUGUGUAAUAAGACAGGAGCUACUGUGGUAUGUAACCAAAUGAACGUGUACAACAAGGUCAGAUGCUCCAAAACUUACCACUUUGGCUGCGCCCUCAAAAUCGGCUGCAUGUUCUUCAAAGACAAGACAAUGCUUUGCCAAGAACAUAAACCAAGCACAGACACUGAUCAUCGGCUGCCGUCUUACGCAGUGUUUAGAAAGGUCUUUAUUAACCGAGAUGAGAUUCAGCAGAUAGCAAGCAUGUUACGGCACAACCAGGAAUCAGGAGGAGACAAGCUACAAACACUUCGAAUCGGUAGUGUAGUUGUCAAGUCUUUGGGUCAGCUUCUACUUCAUCAGCUGCAGACUUUCCACACCAGGAGCGCUGUCUAUCCUGUUGGUUUCAAGACAAUCCGCUACUACUGGAGUAUGACAGACGUUAAAAAACGCUGCCAGUAUCACUGUGCUGUUGAAGAACUGGACGGUAAACCAAGCUUUACGAUACGAACCAACGAAGGGCAAUGCUUUAGAGGGAUUUCCCCAAAAGAUUCAUGGAGUCAAAUAUUAGAACCGAUACAGUUCUUACGUAAACAUAGUGGUCUUAAUCUCUGGCCUUCCUACAUCACAGGCGAGGAUUUGUUUGGGUUAACAGAACAGUACGUCCUCAGGAUUAUUGAAUCGAUGCCAGGGGUAGACUACAUGCAAGGUUAUAAUAUGCGAUAUGGACCAUCACCCAUCAUGGAGCUACCGUUAGCAGUCAACCCCACCGGAAGUGCACGCUCUGAACCUCACAUCAGAUCUAGCUUCAAAACAAGGACUCGUUCUAUUCGCAACACAUCUAGUUCGACGCCAUCGACAUCACGUGCAGCCGCAGUGACGUCACAACCAGCAUCUUCAGAUGACAACAGCUCUCCGUACCUGAAGCAAUUCGUCCACUCCAAAGCUUCACAGUAUCGAAAGCUCAAAUCAGAAUGGAAACAGAACGUCUUUCUUGGAAGGUCGAAUAUUCAGGGGCUUGGGCUCUUCGCAAAUAGAGAAUUAGAACCGAACAGCAUGGUUAUCGAAUACAUCGGUUCGAUCAUUCGCAACGAAGUGGCCAACAGGAAAGAAAGCAUCUACGAGUCUCAAAACCGCGGCAUCUACAUGUUUAGAAUAGACAGUGAUUCUGUUAUUGAUGCGACAAUGGCUGGUGCGCCAGCAAGAUACAUCAAUCACUCGUGCAUGCCCAACUGCGUAGCAGAAGUGGUAACAUUCGAGAAAGAACAGAAGAUUAUCAUCAUCUCCAACCGCAAAGUAGAACGAGGCGAAGAGCUAACCUACGAUUACAAGUUCGACUACGAAGACGACGAACACAAGAUUUCAUGUCUGUGUGGGGCACCAAACUGCCGCAAAUGGAUGAACUGAAAACCCGACUAAACUAAUCACUAACCAACAUCCUAUUUAUUGGGAGAAUCUAUUUCUUUGUCAUUUUCAUUUUUAAAUAAUUAUAUAGUUAUUAUGAUAUCGCAAUGCAAUUCCAAUCGAAUUGAAAUAGUUUAAGAUGAAUGAAUCGAAACGUCAAUAAAGUACAAUAGCGUAGAUAGAAUUAGUUAAAAGAAUAGGAGAAUUAUUGUCCUGCUUUGUUUAGCAGGCAAUUGCUAGACAAGCAGACGUCAUCUUUCAAUCUUAUCGCAAGAAUACAAGAUGAAUUCCAAUAUCGUAUUAACACAUACAUUAGCAUAUUUCUUUCUUUCUCUGCUUACUUUCAGUCUUUUGUCUUUUUUCUCGAUCUACGAGUUUGAUUUGAUCAAGCUAGCGACAUAUAUUAAGUUCUUUUCAGUCUGUAUAGACAUUUUUAUGGAUUUUAUUACAUCCUGCACUUGCGCAAGUGCGACUACGAAAUUCAAUGUAAAUAAUACAAUACGGCUUGGCGUUCCUUGCCCACAUUUUGUCUAAAAUAUUUGCAGUGAAAUAAAUUGCUCUACUUGCUUUUUCUCGAUACAUAA